AUGGGCAAAGGUGGCAAAGGGAAAGGCAAGAAGGGCAAGGGAAAGCAGUCCUUUGAGCCGGAAGGUCCCCCAGACGAAAUCGAGGAGAUCGGGGAGGCCGUGCACCCCUGCGAGGAUCAGUUGGUUUGCAAAUGCACGAACGAAAGGGUUCCACACUUCAACGCGCGACUCUUCCUCGAGAACAAGGAGGAGAUUGGGAAGGUCGAUGACGUUUUCGGGCCUAUCAAUGCCUUCUACUUCUCCGUGAAGCUUGGGGAAGGGAUGCAAGCUGGCUCCUUCAAGACUGGCAAGAAGUUCUACAUCGACACGAUGAAGCUCCUGCCCCUCAGCCGCUUCUUGCCGCAGCCUCCCGGGGGGGGCGGCAAGGGCGGCAAGGGCAAGGGUGGCAAAGGCAAGAAAGGCGGUGGCAAAGGCAAAGGCGGUGGCAAGGGGAAAGGCAAAGUCAAAGGAAAGGGUAAGGACAAAGGCGGCGGGGGAAGAGGUCGAGGACGAGGCGGCUGA